UCCUUGUGAUGCAAUAUUUAGCCACGAUGGAUUGUGUCGGAUGGCAAGAUAAGGACCACCAACUCACAACUGUACCCCCACCUUUUCCUCCAGUGUCAGCGUAGAAAUUAUGAGUGUCGAAUUGAACACUCUCGCACCCGGUGAUAUUAUCUGGACGAAGAUCUGCAUUCACCUCGGAGACCUGGCUUAUAAGCACGCACAAAGCGAAACAUCAAAAAAGAUCAAGGAUAGAGAACCAAUCGAUCGCAUAUGCGUCGUACUGGAAACAAACGAAACUAGUGUUCAAGUUACCUAUUUUUCGACUUUUCAUGAGGCCAACGAUCUACCCCCCACCUUGGACAAAGACCUGUGGUAUCCAGUUCAACCUGCGAUACAGGAAGGAAGGUACGAGCCGCUUCCAGGGUGGAAUGUGUACGAAGAACGGGCACAGUGGGCUUCGCUCCGACAAAAGCACAAAGUCACCCAGCAAAAAGUCUACAAGUUUAAAGAGACCCUCCCUGCGGACUCAGUCAACGCCAUCCUACGGCAAAUGAAGGCCUGAUCAAAGGUUCAGGUGAGCAACAAACCCUGCGUGUGUGAAUACGUGCCCCU